UAUAUCAGGGCAUCUAGUAGCCAUCCAAAAUGCAUUUUAAUGGUCUAAAGUAACAAAAAAAUCUUGCGCCUAAUUUCACCAGAGAACACCAUUUUAAAAGAAUUCUUUAUUAGAAUCUGUGCUAUAAACUACACGGGUACCAAGAAAGGAAUAAUUCGAGAGAGAACCUGCUAUACAGAAAUAAGAUAUAUAAUAGACUAUUUCAGGAAAUGGCAAAGGUUGUAACAAAAUAAGAAAGGAGAUAGAAAAACGUGAUUGAUAGAAUGCAUUGGAAUAACUGUGACAUAGAACUUUUGUCGGAAAAUGAUUUUUGUAUAUGGACAUUAUGAAAGGAGUGGGAUUUAGAACUUACGUUCUGUGGAGUAAAUGUGUCAGAAUCUAUUAAAAAUCACAACAAGAACAUCUAUUUGACCAUUUAAGAAAGAAAAUAAAAUAUACAAUUCAUUAAUGUAUUGAAUUUGGGUAGUAAAAUUGUGACAAAGUAAAACAACGAAGAGAGAAAAAACAGUUGAUCAAUUUAUUCCCACAAAUUAGUGUUGAGAAAGAAGGAGAAAAGUGGGAUAUAUGAAUGUAUGUUAGGGAAUGGUUGUGUGACAAAAUGAAGUUAUGGAGUCUAACAGUGUUACAAGUGUUCUCAGGAAUAUUGUGUAUCCAAGCGAAUUCGAAGGCAUCAAGUGUAGGAGGUCAGCAGGUCCUCGACUGCCAUCUUCAAUAUCCUCAAGGUACUCCUGUCAACUAUAUCAUAGAAUGGAAAAAAGAUGGAUUAAAAGAUUCAGUUUUAUUACAGUUUCAUGGCUACCCUCCAAACAUCAACGAACAGUACAAAGGAAGAGUGCGUUUAGUGAAUGGAAUAUCUUUAGAAAUAAGUCAUAUACGAGAGAAUGACGAGGGUUGGUACGAGUGCAAAGUGAUGUAUGUAGAUGGUGUUGAAAAUGAUAAAAGUAAAUCCAAUGGAACUUGGAUAUAUCUCAAUGUAAACAUUCCGCCCAAGAUGCUCGAUUAUUCACCUCAGUCAUUUCAUCAACCUCUCGGCUCAAAUGUUAAGAUAUUCUGUAGAGCCGCAGGAUCACCAAAACCAUCAGUUUCAUGGACUAAAGAUGAUAGACCUUUACAUUUAUCCUCACGUGUUACGUUAAAUCAAGACAGCAGUGAAGUUUUAAUAAAUAAUCUUCAGGAAUCAGAUGGGGGGAUUUAUAAAUGUACAUUCCAGAACACAGUUGGGCUUAUAGCUCAGACAGUACACCUUAUUGUGGAAGGCCAAGCAUAUAUAAUUGGUCCUCCAUCUAACAGGACUGCAGUCCUUGGUCAGAGAAUACAGUUUACAUGUGAAGCCCGGGGAUACCCUGCUAACAUUACUUACAGAUGGUAUAAGGACACUAAAAAUGUGAACACAUUACCAGGUUUUGGAACACGUAUAACAAUCACAGACAGAGAUGGCAGCCUCAUUAUCACCAUAGUAGAAAAAGAAGACAUGGGCUGGUACCUGUGUCGACCUAGCAAUGGAGUAGGCCAGGACCCAGAAGCUGGAGCUUACCUCAAUAUAACUUACGAGCCAGAAGUUCUGGUUGACCAAAUGCCAAGGAGUUCAAUUUGGGCCUUAGGAUUUAAGGAAAAACUUGACUGCCCUGUAGAUGCAAAUCCACCAGCUUACAGUAUACUCUGGACCAAGAAUGGUAUGGUGCUUCAACCUACGACCAGCAGAUUGACAGUCCUGGGUAAUGGUACCUUAGUUGUCAGCCAGGUUGCCAUGUCAGAUUCCGGAAACUACAGAUGUACCGCCAUCAGCUCAAUUGGUAAUGGGGAAUCGGAUAUUGUACAGGUGGAGGUGAAAGACCCACCAAGGUUUAUCAUCCGUCCAGAUGACACGUAUAUAAAAACUCUGGGUCAGUCUGUUACAAUGGUUUGCUCAGCAGCUGGGACACCUUUACCACUGAUUACAUGGAGGAAUAAGGAAACUGGUACUUUACAGUUUGAUGGUCGUAUACAGCAAACUGGUGGUAACCUUACUAUACGCAGCUUACAGAAGUCUGACCACGGUGUGUACGAGUGUGAAGCCAGUAAUGAAGUCCGGAAAAUAGUUGUCAGCACAUUGUUAACAGUACAGAAUACAACUCCACAUGCUCCAUACAAUGUAUCCGUACAGACAGAUCUGUUCACUGCCACCCUGACGUGGAUCGCGUCAUACAGCUCUACACCACAGAACUUUGUUAUAUGGUAUAGAUCUGUGAUCAAUGGAAGCCCUAGUAAAUGGCAAACAAUGCGGGUAGAGCCCCAGAAUGCUACACGGUUCACUAUAUACAGGCUAGAACCUGAUACCCUCUAUGAGUUUAAAGUUGCCUCGAGGAAUGUACUGGGUAGUGGAGAGUCAAGCACCAGUUCUGUGGUACAAGCUCGCACACAAGACCGAGAGCAUUCUACUAAGAAAUCCUCUGGUUAUGUUGAUGGUAAAGUAGACGUCCCUCCCACAGAUGAAACUGGUAGCACCUACUUUCCACCAAUUGUUAGACCUCAUGGACCAAGACCAACAACUCCUACCAAUGUAACAGUAGGCUUACAUGAUGAUGAAAUCUUGGUUUCCUGGAAUCCUUCAUUAGACUCGCCUGUCAAGAUAUUCCAGUACAUGGUAGAGUACAAUGUUGGGAGUGGAUGGACUAAGACAGAAUGGGUCAAAGCGCCACAGACUACAUACACGUUUGAUUCUGUAGAGAGUGGACAGACACACAGUUUCCGAGUAUAUGCCUAUGGUCUACUGUCAUUUAGCAACCCAAGUGAAAUUGUCAGUGUACAGGUUCCAGAAGCUAAUGUGAUAGAUCCUAAAAGCAGCAUUAACAAUUUUUCUACUGACUCCGAAGAAGGAUUUGGUUUGUCAAAAACAGAGAUUGGUGGUAUUGUUGGUGGACUGUUGUUUCUUGUUGUUGCCAUAACUUUAGCUGUAGUCGCCGUCAUGUGUAGUCGACGCCGAGAUCGCAGGAAACAUCACACAAAAUAUGGAAAUGUAAAAUAUCUGGGACCACAGGAUGAUACUGAUGCUAGACCUGAAUAUCCGUCAGAAUGGAGUGAUGUCACACAGGGAGGAAGAAGAGGAGACACUAUGACCAGUUACCAUAGCAACACACUUCAAGGUCACGACAACGGAAUUUUUAUGGUGCCGAGAUCUGGGGACUUGUACAGUGAUAUGUCCAGAGAUUAUCCUACAUAUCGUGAUCGUGACAAUUUGUUGUAUCAUCCUGACAAUAGUAGAAGUGUGCCAUACAGUGGUAACUAUGGAGACAGUUACUACAGAAAUGCAGAUACUACAUAUCAGUCUGAUAGAAACAGGAGCUUAAAUAAAACUACAAAAUCCAUUCCUUAUGAUAAUGAUGAUAACGGGUUCAAAGACAGUGUAAGACUGAGAAAUCGCUCCAGGUCUCAGCCAGCCUCCCGACAUAGUGACGGUCCAAAAUACCCAGUGCCUGAGAGACCCAGGUCACGGGGCCUCUCAUUGCCCAGGGAUGUGAACAAAGAGAGUGGGCGAUACCCACCCCAGCCUCAAGUUCCAGUUUUAAGAUCUCCUCAGUAUUCUACCCAUGUACCUCUUUUAUCACCAGUGAUACCAGGUGAUGAUCAUGAAAGGUCACAGCCUGGUUACCCUGGAGAUGAUGACGAGGAAGAAGUGUUCAUGCCACCACCAAUAUCAUCCAUUAUUCCAAACAGACCAAGUUUUCCUAGACACAGUUCCAUGAAACCAAGUGCUCAACAGACUUACUUGACAGAGGAUUUUGACAGUUCCAGUCAACCUUUUCUGACAAGUGACCUAAGUUCAGUUCUACCAUCACCAUUUUCAGAUUCUCAGUCUCGUAGACCAUACCAUCCAUAUCAACGCCAGUAUGCAGAUUUUUCUGAUCAAAGAGUGCCAUAUGGAAGUCAGUCUAGACUUCCUGAGUAUAGUCGUAAUGGUAGCUAUGGUGAUAUGGACAACACAGUUGUUGCUAGGCAACCAUCACCAGAUAGGACAAUGUCAAGGACAUUGUCAAAUGGAGAAAACAGCAGUGAUAGUAGUGGAAGGCCAAUGAACUAUACUAGAGAUCAGCUGCUAGGAGCAGUUGAUCAGGUGAGAAAAGGGCCUAAGGCAGCAAGAAGGGGCCAGCAGUGGGGUACUGGACCAGACAGUUAUUCUGAAAGUCCAUCUUUUGGUGGACAUGGUGCUCAAAUUCCUGAAAGUGCAAAACCUAGUGUAAUAGUGCGUGACAGACCCAGUAGAGGUCAUUCAUAUGAACAUGAUCCUUUUAGGGCAGCAGGUGUGACAGAUAGUCGAGGAAGUGUUAAUAGUUCUGGAGGUUAUUCAGGCAGAGGUAGAGUUCCACAAGGGUUAGGUGGGGAGCAGUCAAGGAGGGAAGAUCUGACCCCAGAUUCUAUCAGUAGUGGUAUAGGUAGUAGGAACACUUCUUCCCAGUUAACUGGGUCCUCUUUACAUUCCCGUCCAUCUAGGCUAGGAUCUAAUCUAACUGCAAUGGAGCAUGAUGUAAGUGAAGACUCUGCCGUACCGUUCCUUGAUUAUCCUCCAGCACACAGAAAAGAUGUGUCAGGAGAUGAAAAUUAUGAGUUUGACUCCUAUAAUGCUGUUGAAACUGACUUGCUUGAAGCUCUGCGGAAUUAUUCCGAAGUGAACAGUGGGAAUGAUGAUUUAUUAAGUGCUCUACAAGAAGGUCUUACUAGACAAGAAGGUCUUACUGGUAAAAGGCUUAUGUCUGAACUUUAUCCAAAACCCACUAGACAAAGCAGGUACUCUGACUCUGAGCAAAGAUUUGAAAAAUUACGUGGGGAAUUUCAGAAAUAUCGCCAAAAACAACAACGGGAAGAAAGCUCUCGGUCAGACGAAAGUCAAAGGUCAAUGCAAGGGCGUCAGUGGGGAAAUUCUCAGUAUCCAAGACACAGCAGUAGUUCAACACAUAGUUUGAGAAAUUCAGGGAAUUAUGGGUAUCCAGAUCAUGAAAGUCAGUAUUAUGGAGGUCGGGGAGAAAAUUUAUACAAACCGGGUCCGAUGGAUAGUGACAUGUUGUAAUGUUAACAAACCCUUUGAAAAUGGAUAGAUAGGAAAACAACAAUAUUACAUGUUUUGUUUUUGUUUCUUUAAAAUUGUUGUUAAAAUUAUGAUGUAUUAUCUUUUUGUGUAGAAACUAAAUGGAUUCAUGUAGAAUUUUUUAUUAUUCAUCUGUAUCUUUGUCUGUACAUUGCAGUUCUUUCAGUUUUUGAUGAAUAAUGUUUGAAAAUAUCAUCUAGAAAGACUCAGUAACAAAUUUUCUCCAGAGAUUUAUUUGCUGAAUUUUCUGUCAGUUUUCACGAAAAUAAAACAGAUGCUAUUUUUAUUGUACUCUACAUAUUUCACCAGUUUACUAUAUGUCACUAGUAUUCUACCGUGCACACCAGUUUUGAUUUUGAGAAAAGCAAAUUUUGAGAGAAAAAAAUCUUAUUUUAGAGUAUACUUGGAAGGGAUAGGAUACUGCUUUGAAAAGAUAAACCCUUGAUUUUUCCAGUGACGAAUCAACUCCUGGUUACAUUUUAAAGUUGUUCUCUUCUUAUUAUUAGUCUUUUCUUAGGUUUGUAAAUUAUCUAAUAGAUAUCCAUUUUCAAAGGGAAGUUACUGCUUGAGAAACUAUACAUAUCACAGUAUUUAGUUGCCAAAUACUGCCUAAAGGUGUUUGUAACAAUCAUUCCGAUUGGUUAAAAUAUGCAUCAUCAUUUUGUAUCAUAGAUUUCAUUAUACAUUUCACACAAAUUUGCAUGUUUGUCGAUAGAAAAUUAAGAAUAUUACAACUUGUUCAUGAAUAUCAAACAAUUAUUGUCAUGUUGGUUACAUGGAACUCUUUUUGCAUAUUUUUCAUAAGAAUAUGCCAAGCAUUACAUUAUUUCAGUUAGAAACAAUUAUUGUUUCUCCCAUUAAAAUUUCGUUCUGCAAAGAAAUUGCACAUAGUUCAUGUUUUCAAAAUUUGUAGCUGAUAAAAUGAAUAGUUGUAUAUACUCUUAUCCUUAUUUUAUAACCUCAGAAAGCGUAAUACUGCAUGUUUGUAUAACGGAGUCUGAGAAUCUAAUCAAGAGUUACUUACCCUGGUAAAGAUUCAUACUUACACUGUAUCACUUGUGUACUUCUAUUGUGCCUUUAUCUUACAUUGUAAACAAUUUUGUACAUUGUAUAUUCUCUACAAACAAUGUUUUCAACAUUCAUAUUUCUGCACAUACAUGUACUUUGAAAAUGCUUAAGAGGUUACUGGGUGAUAGUAAGCGUAAAUGCUUUUUUAAACGCAAAGUUACAUUAAAUUUGCUUCAUUUGAUGACUGAAAUAUUGUACUGCAAUUGUUGUACAAGAUUGUAAACCUUUUUAGCUUGAGUAUUUGAAAUUUUUCCAACAGUGGAGCUUUUUGCACUCGUCCAUUUGUUGGUGUUGAUGUUCCAGUUUGGUUACGUUUCAUAUGCACUCUUUAAGUCGAACAUUUCUCAUCCGAUCUUCACCAAACUUGAACAAAAUGUGUUUGUCAAUAAGUCCUCGGCCAAGUUCGAUAACUAGCCAAAUCGGCCCAGGCACUUCAGAAUUAUGGCCCUUGAAUUACCGAAAAUCACUCUGUACGCAGAUGCCAGUGAUACAUGUAUUGGUGCAUGGUUGACUCAGAUACAUAACUAUUCAGAUGAUUAGGCAGUUGUGGGAGACAUGCACUUUUCUCAAAAGCAGCUCUAGUUUGGUUACUAAGUUUGUGAUGAUAUAGAUUAGCUCAUUAUUUGGUUACCAAGUCAGUACUGAUGAUAAACAUUGGCUCUUUAUUGCAUUAUGAAAAAGAUAUUGUAAUUGCAUAGAAUACUUCAAAAAUCAACUUUUCUUCUGAAAUUGUUUAUUUGAAGUCACACUAUAACCUGUGGAAACAACACGAUGAAUAAAAUAAACAUUUUGUAAGCUUUACUUACAUUGAUUCAGUGAAAAUUAGAUGCUUUAUGCAAAACGUUUAUAGCUUCUGAUGUACAGUUGAACUUUGUUAGCUCGAAUUUGGACACCACCUUUCGCUCAAACUCGCGUCAGGUCUCUGCAAAAUUCCUUUAUAAUGUAUAUUGUUCCAGUGCUCGAACUAAUUAUAACUCUAACUGAUUUUGCCAGUCCUGUUGAGAUUGAGCGAAUCAAGUUUGACUGUAUGUUUGGUUAUAGAUUUUGGUAAUCUGGUCUUUGGCUUUCAUUUAAAGACAGCUUACAGUUACUAGGUUAAGUACACUACAUUUACAAAAGCUUAAUGUUGGAAGAUGGCUGCAACUAGUAUGUUACAUUUGAUUUCAAUAGAGCACAGCUGCAGUAGUAUGUUCCAUUUGAUUUCAUUGGAGCACAGCUGCAGCAAGUAUGUUACAUUUGAUUUCAUUGGAAGACUGCUUGCAGCUAGAAUAUUACAUCUUAUUUCUUAGGAACACAGCUGCAGCAAGUAUUUUACAUUUGAUUUCAUUGAAAAAGUGUUGCAGCAAGUAUGUUACAUUUGAUUUCAUUGGAAGACUGCUUGAAGCAAGAUGGCUUCAGCAAGAAUAUUACAUCUUAUUUCUUAGGAACACAGCUGCGGCAAGUAUGUUACAUUUAAUUUCAUUGGAGCACAGCUGCAGCUAGUAUGUUACAUUUGAUUUCAUUGAAAAACUGUUGCAGCAUGUAUGUUACAUUUGUUUUCAUUGGAAGACUGCUGCAGUUACUUUGUUACAUUUGUUCUAGAGCUAGAUAGAGCUAGAAUGAUACAUUUGUUUGUUUUUUUUCUUUGGAAGAAGGCUACAGCUAGUUAUAUUUAAUUGGUUUAUUUUGGAAGAUGGCUGUACCUUGUAUGUUACAUUUGAUUUCAUUUGAAGAUCACUACAGCUUGUGUACUACACUUAAUUUGUCAUGUGUUUUUUUUCUUAGGAAACAGAAAGUUUUAAGUAUGUAUUGUUUUAAGUUUAAAUAGCUAUAGUUCUUUUGAAAUGAUUUCAAUUUUUUGUUUUAAGCAGAAAGGAGCUAAAGAAAAGUAAAAUAUAUUUGUACAUGGAAUUCAGUAUGUAUUAGAAAAAAUCUAUUUCUUCUUCUUUUUUGCCUUAUUCUUAAAUUGUAUCAAUUUAUGAGAAAGUCUUUACUUUCUGAUAAUAACAUUUAAUGUAAUGGAUGGUUCAGAUAGAAGACAAAACUGAAUCUGUAGUUUAGGACCUUGGUUUUAAAGCCAGUAGAUUGCAAAUUUGCAGAGGUCUUUACUCUUUUACGGUGUGUCACUAACAGAAGUUUUACUGUAUAUCUGUAUUUAGAUACCUUAAGAGAUAAUCCAUUAAGUGCCUUUCUUAUUUCCUUUCUGCUUCAAAGCAUUCACUGUACUCUACAAUAUCUGACAAUUUAAUAUGCGGGUCCAUCAUUUAUUUUACAUUCAGUGCAAUAGUCAUCUAACUAAGGUUUAUUUAUCAUUCAUUUAUUCUGUCAUCAGUGAAAGAGGGCAGAUACAUUUUUCUGUCUACCUGUUGCCAUAGUUACCUGUGCUAUUUCAGUCUAUUACUGUUAUUUGUGUGAUGUGGAAAGUGAAAAUGAGCCGUGCCAUGGUAAAACCAACAUAGUGGCUUUGCGACCAGCAUGGAUCCAGACCAGCCUGUGCAUCCGCGCAGUCUGGUCAGGAUCUAUGCUGUUCGCUAACCGUUUCUCUAAUAGCAAUAGGCUUUGAAAGCGAACAGCAUGGAUCCUGACCAGACUGCGUGGAUGCGCAGGCUGGUCUGGAUCCAUGCUGGUCACACAGCCACUAUGUUGGUUUUCUCAUGGCACGGCUCAAAUGUAUUUUCAGUAUAUUAAUUUAAAAUUACUGUUUUGAUGAUGCAUAUAUUGUAACUUUUUUACUUUCUGGAUUAUGUACUACACUUUGAUACGAUUCUUUUUGCUGAAUUGGAGUUGGCAUUAGUAACUUACCAGUAGAACAUAGAAAAUGAUACAGUUUUUUUAUUAGUUUCACUAUGUUUUGUUUUAAUCAACAUGUCAAGAGACCCGGAAUUGCUAUACAAGAAUAUUUAAAGUAUCUAAGGAAUUGUAGAAGCCUUUUCUCUUUUUAACAUUUAUAAACAUAACAAAAUAAGCACUGUUUUGUCAAGUUGCCUUUGUCUGGUUACAUAAACUUCAGAAAGAGGUCCAUAUCUUUUUCGGGAAAUACUAGUAUUCAUGAAAUAUAACAUUUACUUUGAUACUGACUUUGAGAUUUUAUCUGCAGUGAGGCAGCACAAGCUCUUUAUUAUUUUUUAAUAUUAUUUAUGUUUUAGCUUUUAUGUAAUAAUUUGAUAUUUUAAGUCAUUGACUUAGUCCUAAAUACACAAAUCUAGCUAACUUAUUACUUUUAAUGAUUUUCAUGUUUACAACGUUCAUAAUAUAUGGGUUUAGACUUUAUGUAUUAAAGAAAAAGGAAUUUUGACAUUUUUAAAAUCAAUUGUAUAUUUUCAUGUUUGAAAUGUUAUUGCAUCCUGCAAUUUGUAUGAUUGUCAGCUGUACUGGUAUUUCUGAUUGUUUUGAUAUUUGGUUUUGUUUAAGCUAGAGUUGUCUGCAUUGUUACACAGUUAUUGUUCUUGAUGGUUGUUGAGAUGAAUUGUUCGGUAUUGUUGGUCUCCAUUAAAGAUGACACAUUUUAAAGAAAAUUAAAAAUUCAGCUUUUCUCAAAAUAAUGCAAAAUUACAUAAAUGUAGGUUCAGUAUUUUUAAUGGCUAAUUCUCAAAGUCAUUUCAAUUUCAAUUUCUUUAUUUCAGUCAAAUUAUACAAACAGACAUGAUGAUAUAAAACAGGUGUGAACAAAGAAAACAAGCAUUACAAUGUAUAUAUAUCAAAUUUACUGAUUGGAUUAGCAUUUUGUCAUUUUGAAUGUUGAGCAAUGAUAUGUGUGUUUUCUUUAUGGAAUUAUCAUUUUCAACAUAUCAGUUUGUGUAUAGAUAAUGUGUUUGUAAUAAAUUAAACCUCUCGCCAUUUCACUCUAGGGAAAAUGGUGAGUGGCAGAAAUUAUUGUUAAUAUAUGACUAUGCUUUUGAUAGAUAAAAAAAUGAAAAUAAAACAUGCAAAACAA